GUGAGAAGCUUCGCGCAUUGAUCCCUUGAGCUAUAAAAGAGAAAGGGCGCUCUCAACUGCCUCUUCCCCGCGUCAUUCUCAUUCAUUCGUUCAUUCAUUGCAAUCACUGAGAAAGAAAAAGAGAGAAAGUGCAGUGUUUGUUUUCUAUUUUCCAUUGAAAGAAAGAGUGAUCAGUUCCGAAUUCAUGGCUUCAAGACCCAACAUCGUUCCUCAACAGGGCAAAGAGGAAAGGAAUCGGGUGAUACUCGGUGAUAUUGGAAACUUGGAAGCUGCAAGAGAAGUUGAGAUCAAGACCAAUUUCUGUGACCAACCACUCACCAAUGCGCAAGCUGCCACUGAAAGUAACAAGGUUGCAUGUGGUCUAACUAAGAAACCGAAUGAGCAAAUUGUUGACAAUAUUGAUGCUGGUGAUGUUGACAAUGAGCUUGCUGUUGUGGAAUAUAUUGAAGAUAUAUACAAUUUUUAUAGGAGGGUUGAGAAUGAGAGGCGUCCCAAUGCCUCCUACAUGGAGUCACAACCUGAGAUAGAUCAGACAAUGAGAGCUAUACUUGUUGAUUGGGUGAUUGAAGUUCAUGUUCACUUGACCAGGUUUCAUUUUUCAAUUGAAACCCUCUACCUCACCAUUAACAUAAUUGAUCGGUUCCUAUCACUCAUUACUGUUCCAAUGAGGGAAUUGCAAUUGGUUGGUGUCACUGCCAUGCUCAUGGCAUCCAAGUAUGAGAACAACUCGAAGGCCCCUGAUGUUAACUUCUUCGUCGAGCUCUCAGAUGAAACUUGUUCUCAUGAACAGAUACUUAGCAUGGAGAAAAUCAUACUGAAAAAGCUGGAAUGGAACUUGAGUGUGCCUACACCAUUUGUUUUCCUAGUUCGCUUUAUCAAGGCCUCCUCAAUUCGAGAUCCGGACGAGGCAGUAGAAAACAUGGCACAUUUUCUUUGUGAGCUGGGAAUGAUGCAUUAUGCCACCUUGCAGUAUUGUCCAUCAAUGAUUGCUUCCUCAGCAGUGUUUGCAGCUAGAUGCACUCUCAACAAGAGCCCUUCUUGGAAUCACACACUUGAGAUGCACACUGGUUACUCACAACAACAACUUAUGGAUUGUGCUACACUCUUGGUGAGCUUCCAUUGCAGGGCUAGGAAUGGAAAGCAUAAGGCUGUGUUGUACAACAAGUACUCUAAUCCUGAGAGAGGGGCUGUUGUAAUGCUUCCACCAGCUCAAAAUCUAGUUUUGUAGUGUAUAUGGCAGUUCAGUUCUUAUUUUUUCUUCUUGGAAUGCAGAGAGAGGAGCUGUUGUAAUGCUUCCACCAGCUGAAAAUUAUCUCAUUAUCUACUCUUAUUUUUUUUCUCUUUCUUUGUUUUUAUUAUUUUCUCACACUUUUCUUUU